AUGUCACAGCUUGGCCUUCAGCAGCUUUCCAGCCCCGAGGAUGCAGAUCUCGAUAUCGUCUUUGUCCAUGGACUAUUCGGAAACAGAAUUAGUACUUGGUCAAAGAACGGCGUCCUUUGGCCCAAACAACUCCUUAGUCAGGACCUGUCAAAGGCUCGCAUUUUUACAUUCGGCUACGACGCGGAUGUGACUAAACGCAACCUCAAUGAAGAGGUCACCAAGGGGACUAUGGAGUCUCAUGCGGCUGACUUGUUUAAAGGCGCUUUGGGUGAUGGAACUGACAACCCAUCACUCAUUACUGACAAAACUCGCGGCAUGGUCUUCCUAGGCACGCCCUUUUAUGGCUCACCUGUGGCUUCUUGGGGUAAAAUAAUAAGCUCCAUGGUCAACAUCAUUCAUGCCACCGACCCUCAGAAAGUCAAAGAUCUCGAUCAAAAGUCAGAGAAGCUACAUAUCCUGGCCGAGUCCUUUGCUUCAGCAUUGCAUCAACGUAUCAGAGAUAAGAAGGAAAUUCGUGUGGCUUUCUUCCAUGAAACCAAGAAGCUGCAUGGCUUUUUAGUUGUACCCGAACGAAACUCAUGGAUUUCGGGGUUCUCAGACCAUUCUUCUAUUAACGCAGAUCACUCUAGCAUGACGAAGUUUGCUGAUGAAGACAGUCCUGGCUAUCAAAGUGUUCUUGCCGCGAUACGCAAAGUCUCCGCAAGCCCAGAAGACGAGGCUAGCCCUACAUCAAAGGCUGCGGGUUUUGUCAAUAAUAACUGGGGUGAGAUCAAGAACCAGGUACUUGGUGAUCAGACCAUUCACGGCGGUAUGACAUUCAAUUGA